GGCGUUAAUGGAUUUGGCCACUGGAGGAGAGGUGUAGGGACUGCUUUUGUUCGGCGUGAUCUUUCCAGCGUGAUUCUGUUCGCAAUGGGGGCGGACUACGCCAGUAUCGCCAAGCUGAUGAGAAGUCGGCUUGCUGCGCUGGCAGCAGGUUCGCAGCCGCCGGUUCAACAAGAGGCGCCCGAACCGGCCGCCGACCGAUCGGAGGCGCCCACUGCUCCCCCCAAGAAGAAGAAGAAGAGGGCAGUGAAGGGAGGCACCGCCCGUGCGAAGACUGCCAGCGUGGCGUCUUCUGCCCCGGAGGAAGGCGAGGGGGCGCCUAACUCCGACCCCGCGGAGCAAGAGGUCAACUCCGCUGAAGAAGAAGAGGAGGAGCCUCUGCUCCGAAGGGGGAAGAGGGCUGGUUCCCCCUUAGCCUCGGCCAGCAAAAGGGCCGAUAAAGGAAAGAGGAAGGUGGGCGCCGACGCCGGCGAAGAGGUGGAGGUGGAGGAG